AAAUAGAAGCAAAGCCAAAGCCUCUUCCUACUUUCUAACGCCAACGUCUCUGUGAUUCCCCGUCUCCUUCACUGCUCUCUAACUCCAAAUGGACAGGCCGGAAACCGAGCCUUGGAGGCCUGACCCCUUUCAUUCCGUCAUGUUCAGGCCGCCGGAGACCCCGCGUGAGCCCAUGGAGUUCCUCUCUCGUUCAUGGAGCGUCUCUGCUCUCGAAGUCUCCAAGGCUCUCUCCCCUGCUCAGCUCUCGCUUGGAAAGUCCCCAAAUGGAGGUCUCAGCGGCUCCGCCGCCGGCGCUCACGGCGGUCCUAUUCUUGAAGACAUCGCCGGCGAAAUCGAAGAGAAUGCCACCGUUUCAGGAAACCCAUUCUCUUUUGCUUCCUCCGAAACUUCUCAGAUGGUGAUGGAGCGUAUUAUGUCACAGUCGGUGAGUGAGCUCACGCUUAGUGGAGCAGAGCAUCAGGAGGUAUCUCCACGCACUUCAGGCAGGCUCUCUCACAGUAGUGGCCCUCUCAACGGAACUCAGAGUUGUGGCUCCUUGACCGACAGUCCUCCUGUUUCUCCCUCGGAAAUCGACGAUGUCAAGUAUAACCGCCCCACCAAUAACAACUUGAAUACCCAGUUCCGGCCAACCAACGUGGCCGGAAGUACUGUAGCGGUCCCCGCUGGUGGUGGGAAGACUGUCGGGAGGUGGCUAAAGGAUAGGAAGGAGAAGAAGAAGGAGGAAACCAGGGCUCAAAAUGCUCAGCUUCAUGCUGCCAUCUCUGUCGCCGGUGUUGCAGCUGCCGUCGCGGCCAUCGCUGCUGCCACGGCAGCAUCGUCCGGAGCAGGUAAAGAUGAACAGAUGGCAAAAACUGACAUGGCUGUGGCCUCGGCCGCAACGUUGGUUGCUGCUCAGUGCGUCGAGGCGGCAGAGGCCAUGGGAGCUGAGCGUGAUCACCUUGCAUCCGUGGUCGGCUCCGCUGUGAAUGUGAGAUCCGCCGGAGACAUCAUGACAUUGACUGCGGCAGCGGCUACAGCUUUACGUGGGGCAGCCACAUUGAAAGCAAGGGCCCUCAAGGAAGUUUGGAAUAUUGCAGCAGUAAUCCCUGUAGAGAAAGGUGUGGGAGCUAGUGGCAAUGGAAGCACUGGCAACUCGAACAGUAGCUUUAGUGGCGAAUUAGCCCCGGAAGAGAAUUUCUUAGGUAUCUGUAGCAGAGAACUACUAGCCAGAGGCUGUGAGCUCCUUAAACGAACUCGGAAAGGUGAUCUUCAUUGGAAAAUUGUGUCAGUUUACAUAAACAGGAUGAACCAGGUUAUGUUGAAGAUGAAGAGUAGACAUGUUGCUGGGACCAUCACAAAAAAGAAAAAGAAUGUGGUAAUGGAAGUGAUAAAGGACAUGCCGGCCUGGCCCGGCCGCCACCUGCUCGAAGGCGGUGAGAACCGGCGCUACUUUGGGCUGAAAACAAUGAUGCGAGGCGUCGUUGAAUUCGAGUGCAGAAAUCAAAGGGAGUAUGAUGUGUGGACUCAGGGAGUCUCAAGGCUGCUCUCUAUUGCUGCUGAAAGGAGUAACAAGAACAAAAUAUGAACUUUUUUCUUCUGAAGGAAGGAAAGAUUGGAAAUUUUUGGCAGAAAUUGGAGGGAUAUAGGAUCCUCCAUGGUGGGGUCUGAUCAGUGUAAAAAGGGGCUAGAGA